AUGGGUGGUCUCAUCAACGUCAUCAACAUGUGCUCGCACCUGCAAAACGCCUCCCGCGCCCGCCUCGGCAUGACUUCCAUCGCCAACACCAAGCAGAACCUCAACCUCGCCCUCGCCCUGCACCGCUCCGGCUUCAUCUCCUCCCUCUACCGCGGCGGCCCGACGCCCCCGGAACCCGAGCACAUGAGCCAGCCCCCAGAGCCCAUCACGAGCGCCAACGUCGCCACGCGCCGUCUCUGGCUCGGCCUCAAGUACUGGAACAACGAGCCCGUCCUCAAGGGCCUGCAAACGGUCACCAAGCCCAAGAGGCCUGUCAACGUCUCGAUCGAGGACCUCGAGCUCAUCGUCAGAGGAUUCCCCACCAAGAACGGUCUCGUCAAGGGCCUCAUCCUGGGCGAGUGCAUGUUCAUCUCGACGGACAAGGGUAUUUUGGAGGCGCGGGAGGCUCUGAGCAGGAAAGUCGGAGGAAUGGUCCUGUGCCGUGCGAGGUAA